AUGCCAGCCGCCAUUUGUUUAACAUUUCUUCAAUUUAUUCAAAUUAAAUGGGAGGAUUAUCGGCCGUUUGUGUUUAUAGGUUCUUCUCUUGGAUUUUCUUUGCUUCUGUUUGGAAUGAUUUAUUUUGCGAAUAUUUUUGCUGAUUAUAUACUUUAUAUGUUUUUAUAUAUUUUAUUCAGUGUGUUGGAAGCUGUAGCAAGGUAAAUAAUUUUUAAACUGGAGAAGACCCAAUCAUCAUUAAGACCAAUCAUCAUUAUCUCUCUAAGGGGAAGGCCCAAGUCUAUUUGAGAGUGAGAUUUUUGAGAGCUCCAUAGAUC